UAAAAUAAUGCCAAGACAUUCUUCCAGCUCUAGUAGAAGCCACAGAAGUAAAUGCUUUAAAAUUGAAUAUGUAUAGAGAAGCAUAGUAAGAAACACAGGAGACAUUCAAGUUCUUCUUCUUCAUCUUCAGAUUCAUCGUCAGAACGUCAUCAUUCAAGAAGAAGAAGAGUACAUCAUAGUCGUCGUUCAAGAUCACCUAGACCACGUUCAUCGAGUCCUAUUAAGAAGGUGUUUAUGAAUGUACAAAUUCAAAUUCUAAUAGUGAAGCCCAUCUAAUCCAUAUCAAGCGCAGAGACAAUCAAAGAAUAUAGGGCCUAACAUAAUAUCUUCAUUCGAUCUCAACAUGUAAAUGUCCCAGAUCCUAUCAUGAGAUUUGAGGAUGUUUAAUGUUUCCCACAGAUAUUGAUGGACUUACUGUUGAAGGCCGGUUUCAAAGGACCCACUGCCAUAUAAGCCCAAGGAUGGUCGAUUGCAUUAACUGGACAUGACCUCAUUGGAAUAGCGCAGACGGGUUCUGGUAAAACUCUUGCCUUCCUUUUACCAGCGAUUGUCCACAUUUUGGCAUAAGCUAGAUCCCAUGAUGCCAAAUGUUUGAUUUUGGCUCCAACGAGAGAAUUGACAUUGCAAAUAUAUGAUCAGUUCUAAAAGUUUUCAGUGGGAUCUUAACUUUAUGCAGCAUGCCUUUAUGGAGGACAAGAUCGCUAUAUACAGAAAAGUCAAUUGCGUAAAGGCCCUUAAGUUUUGAUUGCUUGUCCAGGACGUUUGAUUGAUCUAUUGGAUUAGGGUUGUACCACCCUCAAAUAGGUUAGUUUCCUCGUACUCGAUGAAGCCGAUCGUAUGCUCGAUAUGGGUUUCGAGCCACAGAUUAGAAAGAUAGUUGAUUAAAUCCGUCCUUAAAGAUAAACUAUGCUUUUUUCUGCGACCUGGCCAAAAGAAGUUCAAAAAUUAGCACUUGAUUUUUGUAAAUAAGAGCCAGUUCACAUUUAAAUUGGAAAUGUAGAACUAACAUCAAAUAAGAUGAUUAAAUAAAUAGUGUACGUGAUGAAAGCAAUUGAAAAGAAUUAAAGGUAUAAUCAAACUAUUGAUGAAUCAAAAUAUAUAUACAAGAUCAUCAAUAUCUUUGUUAUUUGAAUAUAUUAAGGUUGCUCUAUUUGUUGAAGGACAUUGCACACAAAAAAAUAUUGAUCUUUUGUUCCACCAAGAAGGGAUGCGAUUAACUUUAAAAGACUUUAGAUAGAGAAGGUAUUAGAUGUCUCGCAUUACAUGGAGAUAAGAAGUAGAGCGUAAUAUUAUAUUAUAAAUAUAUAGGAGAGGGAUUAUGUAAUGAGUCAUUUUAGAAAUGGAAGAUCUACAGCACUUAUAGCUACAGAUGUUGCAUCAAGAGGAUUAGAUAUAAAGGAUAUUGAAAUCGUUGUAAAUUAUGAUAUGCCAAAAGUAAUCGAAGAUUAUGUACAUAGAAUUGGUAGAACUGGUAUUCACUUUCAAUUUAUUCUUUAGGUCGUGCUGGAGCUAUUGGUCAAUCAAUUUCAUUCUUUGCUUCAGAUGAAGAUGCAAGAAUGGCCAAAGACUUAGUUGAGAUUCUUAGAGAAUCUUAAAAUGAUAUUCCUUAUGAAUUAAGAAGUUUAGUCGAUUAAAAUAAUAAAGGAAAUAAUUAUAAUCCUUAUAGAAGAUGGAAUGGAACAGGACCUAGACAUAUUCAAUAACCAUUUAUAUAACAUUAGCAUCAAACUUAAAAUUAACAUCAACAUCAACAUCAAAAUUAAAAUGCACAUCAACAUCAACCUCAACAUUAGCCAUCUCAUUAUCCAUCUUCAUGGUAAUUUUAAACAUUCAAUCCAUAAAUUCUUUAGUAGAUAAAUCCAUAUUCAAUUUGA